AUGAAUCAUCCUGCUUCCCCCCCUCCCGCCAAUGAAGAUGCCACCCGCUGUCAGCCAGCUACCCAGCAGCAGCCGCCGCAACUACAAACGCCGCCGCCCCCGCAGCAACAGUCGCAACAACAACAGCAACAGCAGCACUCUCAACAGACGGCCACAAAAAUCAGACUCAGCGUGUUGUGUGCCAAGGGUCUUCUGAAAAAGGAUUUCUUUCGGCUCCCAGACCCCUUCUGUAAGGUGUCCGUGGAAACCUGCGGAGAAGCGGUCCAGGACUACUCAACCGAACCGCGCCGGGCGACGCUGGACCCCAAAUGGCAACAGAAUUUCGAUUUGUAUCUGAAGAAGAACGAUUCUAUCACUAUUUCGAUCUGGAACCACAGAAAAAUCGGCUUCAAGAAAGAAUCUGCGGCGUUCCUCGGCUGCAUCCGACUCAAGCCGAACAUGAUCCAACAGCUGCGUGACGCUGGAUAUCAACGAUUAGACCUAUCCCGGAGCUAUCCAUCGGAAGAAUCACCCUCUGUGGAUGCAGUCAAAGGUCAGCUCGUGAUUUCGUUGGCGUCCCGUGGAGCUCACACUCUGGCAACGCCUCACAGUCAGCUACAUCGAGACGUGCUCAGCCUACCAGCGCCGAAUCAACAGCUGUGUUCCAACAGCUGUAAUCAAACUCAGCUGAUGAACAGCCCACUCAGCAGCAAUCAACACAUCAACAACAACAACAUCGUCCACAGUAGUCCGAACAACCUUAACAGUAAUAAUAACAACAACAACAAUAGCAACAUCAACAACAACUCAGUACCCCCGCCGGGUAGCGGGGAUAACCAGGAAAACACUCAGCCGAACGCUGUCGCCUCUCCGGGAGACAGCGGAGACCUACCCGAAGGUUGGGAGCGACGGCUUACCUUGACAGGGCGAGAAUACUUUGUGAAUCACGCCACCAGAUCGACGCAAUGGGCACGACCCGUUAAUCCCGCCUACGAACAGACUCCUCCGCGGAGAGAACGUGAGAGUCGGAGGAGGUCUACCCGUCACCGUAAUUAUUUGAGCAGGAAUCAACUGCAUCGGAAUAUUCCCGCGACAACUGAGCUGCCUGAAGGCUAUGAGCUUCGUACCACAGAGCACGGUCAAGUGUACUUUUACAACACUCAAAACGGCCAAGUGUCUUGGCAUGAUCCUCGAGUUCCUCGCGAGGUUCCCCGCAACGUCGAUUUGGGACCUUUGCCAAGUGGAUGGGAAGUGCGUCUUACAGCUUCCGGGAAACAGUACUUCGUAGAUCAUAACAACAGAACAACUCAAUUCACCGAUCCCCGUCUCAUGGUUGGAAACAAUCGACUGGCGGCUCCCACCCCACGAAGCAGAGGGGAGCGAAACUCAGAUUCCAUCAUCAGAAGUCCCGAGAAUCUCCCGACUUCUAUGAAUAUUUCCGGGCUACCUCAAUCCAACAUGAACUCCCAUCCCUCCCCUCAACCUUUGAUUAGUCAAAAUCAAAUCAAUGGGAACAAUCGUAGUAGCAGCUCUUUAUCUCCUGUCGGAGUUUCACCGCGAAACAAGAAAGAUGAGACGAAAGAAGUGGGUCUGUCUCGGAACUUCGGGAGGCACAAUAGAGACCUUGUCACAAAACUCACCAUGCUACGAAGAGAUUUGCAGGCUUUUCAACCGCCAACUGGUCACUGCCGCCUGGAGGUGUCUCGAGAGGACAUCUUCGAGGAGUCUUACCGCCAGAUUAUGAAAAUGCGAGCCAAAGAUCUCCGUAAACGACUUCAAGUGAAGUUUCGCGGAGAAGAGGGGCUCGACUACGGAGGCCUAGCCCGAGAAUGGCUUUACCUGCUCUCGCAUGAGAUGCUUAACCCCUAUUAUGGUCUUUUCCAAUACACCCGAGAAGAUAUAUUCACGCUACAAAUCAACCCCGACUCUGCGGUCAACCCGGAACACCUCUCGUACUUCCAAUUCAUCGGUCGGAUCAUCGGGUUAGCCGUGUUCCACGGAUACUACAUAGAUGGAGGUUUCACACUGCCCUUCUACAAGCAGUUGCUGAACCAACCGAUAACACUAGCCGAUAUUGAGGCUGUUGACAUGCAACUCUACAACAGUCUCAAGUGGAUUCUUGAGAAUGAUCUGAGCGACGGAGCAUUCGAUGAAACGUUUGCCGUCGAACACAAUCAAUACGGUCGAGUUGUUUUACACGAGUUAAAGCCUGGCGGAGCUCAAAUCAUGGUGACGGACGACAACAAGAAAGAGUACGUCCGUCUGUACGUCAACUGGCGCUUCAUGCUCGGGAUCGAACAGCAGUUUCUGGCUCUCCAAAAAGGUUUUAACGAAUUGAUACCGCAGGCUUUAGUGAAGGAGUUCGACGAGAGAGAACUCGAAUUAGUCAUUGGGGGUCUGGGGCAUAUCGACGUAGAUGACUGGAAGAAUAAUACGCGCUUGAAGCACUGCGUUAGUAAAACUCCUCAAGUCGUUUGGUUCUGGGGCAUUGUCGGAGGAUACGACGAGGAGCAGCGCGCUCGACUGCUUCAGUUCGUGACAGGGUCGUCUCGUCUCCCUCUGCAAGGAUUUUCGGCUUUACAAGGUUCGACUGGUGCGGUCGGACCAAGGCCGUUCACCCUUCAUCUGGUGGCCGACGCCUGCACGGACAACCUUCCUAAGGCGCACACAUGCUUCAAUCGCAUCGACAUACCGCCUUACGAAAGCAAAGAAAAAAUGAAAGACAAGAUAACUCAAGCUAUCGAGGAAACCUGUGGUUUCGCCAUCGAAUAAUUCUAGAGUCCUUUUUCGCUUCUUACCUGUUGCUGCGACCUCAGUUCUCAAUCACGUCAUGCAAAGAGCACCUCAAAGGCUCGGUUUUCCGUCAGCGCAAGACCGUUCUUAAUUUGCCUAGUCUGUACAUACAACGAAAAAGACCAAGACCUUAUAGGACACCAGCCGGAUGGAUAUGAUACGUUCGUGAACCUUAGGGUAGAUGCUAUGAACGAAUAUUUCGCGGAGAGAGAAUGGAUUGGGUCGCCGUAACGAAAGCAGAACAUAUCAAGUGCCUGCCGGCGAAAAUUCGCGGAAGUCGCGGGGUAUUCUCAAAUCCCGAGCCCACGAAUCCUAGAUUCGAAUCACAUCACUAGACCGGGGAAGAAGCUCCUGCAGGAAACAUAUCUUCGCGAAGGUCUUGAUUGUGGAUCUUGAUAUCUGAGCGAGGAUUCCCCAUAGACGCUCUUCAUCAAGUUAUAGAUUGGAUGACUCAACCCGGAAGGGGAAGUCGGCGAAGAAUGCGACGCCGGACGAAGAAGUAAUGAGAACAAUAAAAAAAUAGCGCACUCGAUAGUUAACAUGGCUUCACACACGUGGCUCGGAGGCGCUGCAUGCCUGCGAACCGCUUUCUCUCGAGACUGAUAAAUCAAACUCCAACCAAUCAAAAGCAUUUCCGUAUGAUUUCGACCGUGACAUCGGAUCGUUUAUAGGUUUGUAAUAAAUGAAGACUGCGGUGAUUGACAUCAUGACGAGUGAAAGGACGAAAUUGUGUCUAGAAAUGGUGUGUAUAUAGUACAUUGCAAGCAAAGUGAGCAACUUUUUUUUCAAUAAAGAAGAUCUUGUU